UGCCCCGACCUAAGCUAAACUAUUGUUUUUGAAACCACGUUUUCAUCAACGACCAAUAUCGGCUCAAAGGGUACAAAAAAAUCCAAUGAGCAAGGCUAGGCUUGGGCUAAGCAAGGAAAAUCACUCAUGGGCCUUGGACCUUAUUGGUCUGUCCUUUCCUUAGUAGGGAAAUUCAUUCAUGCGAUGCCGCAGGGGGGCUGCUGCUGCUGCCUCUGUUUGGACAAAAAGGGCAAACAGAAAAAUGGAAGGAGAGAAAGAAGAGAUGGUGACACCAGGAGAAGUAUUAGGUAAAGCAAGUGAACUCAAAGCAGGGAAAGGGGCAUACGUCGCACCCUAUCGUAACACUGAUAUCUUUUACGUCUACUCCUCUCUUAGCGGUUUCCUCCGUACUCUAGCCCCUACUCCCGACUCUCCUGACCAGAGACCAACUGUUGAAGUAACUGGACUCAAGGCUCGUGGUGCUGUUCCAGAGGCUGGUUCUGUUGUCAUUGCCCGAGUUACUAAAGUGAUGGCUAAGAUGGCUUCAGCUGACAUUAUGUGUGUUGGUCCCAAGUCUGUACGAGAGAAGUUCACUGGCAUAAUUAGGCAACAAGAUGUUAGAGCAACUGAGAUUGACAAAGUGGAUAUGCAUUUAUCAUUUCGCCCAGGUGACAUUGUCAGAGCUGUAGUGUUGUCCCUUGGAGAUGCACGGGCUUAUUAUCUUUCUACCGCCAAGAAUGAGUUAGGCGUUGUAUCUGCAGAGAGCACGGCAGGUGGAACAAUGGUUCCCAUAAGCUGGACAGAGAUGCAAUGCCCAUUGACUGGUCAAAUUGAACAAAGAAAGGUUGCCAAGCUUGGAAAUCAAACCCGCCAAAAAGAAAAUAUCAGUUUGAUUGGCAGAACAGAGAUGAAUUCUCUUACCCUCUUCCAUAAACCUCUCGCUACACUCUCUUCACCUAAAUUUCUCACAAAUUCACCCCAUAUCUCUCAUUCUUUAACUAUCUCUUCAAAACCCAAAACGCGUCAUAAUCAUAAUUACAAUUUAACAACCACUCCAUUGCAAUUGCAUGCUCUCACUGAAUCGUCUGACUCCUCUUCUCAAUCCCUUGACCCUUCUCUUCAAUCCCUUCUCUUGCAGCUCUCUGAUUGUUUUGAUCUUCCAGCAGACUAUUUUAAAGAAUUACCACGUGAUCUUCGAUUAGAUUUAAAUGAUGCAGCUUUUGAUCUUUCCAGUGGACCCGUUAUCGAUGAGUGUGGCCAAGAGCUGGGAAAGGUCUUACUAAAUCUCUCUCGAGCAUGGGAAUUAGCUGACACUGCGACUUCUCGUGCAUUAGUAAGCCAGCUCCCUGUGCUAGAGAGGACUUUGACAAACAAGGCCAAGGCAGCUCUUGGUAAGCGUUUGGUAUCUGCUGGAAGGAGAUUCCAAUCCAUGGGACAGUAUGGUCAGGGUGAAAUGCAGAAGGUUGCACAAGAGAUGAUUACAACUGGAAAACUUCUAUCUGAAAUUCCAAUAUUAACAACCAAUGAAGAACCAAAGGAAGAAACCAGAGUCUUCAAGUUUGGCGAACUUCAGGUUGCAAUAACGCCAGAGAAAGCCAAUAUAGGGGCUGCCAUUGGAGUUGUUUUUGGGAUUCUUUCAUGGGUACUAGGUCAGGGCAUUCAAAGCAUACCAGAGAGCUCAUUGCAAUAUGCAAAUGACAAUGCAUUACUGCUAGCUAAGUCUCUAAGAGGAGCUCUACUUGUGAUUUUUUACUCAUCAUCAGUUCUGUCUGCUUUGACCUCUGUGGGACUUCUCUUGCUUGCCAUCUCUUUCUCUCUCAUCAUGGCUUCCUUUACCUGCUCAGCCUCGGAGCUAGCUCCUCUUCUUUCCACCGCCACAAACUCCACCGCAGCAGCCACUUAUCUGUGUUCUCAGUUUACUACAAUAGCCAACCAAAUUUCGGACACAACAUAUGCAGUUAACAACACUUACCUUCUCUUCUCUGCAUACCUAGUCUUUGCCAUGCAACUUGGUUUUGCCAUGCUCUGUGCAGGCUCUGUUCGAGCCAAGAAUACCAUGAAUAUAAUGCUUACUAACGUUCUUGAUGCUGCUGCUGGCGGUCUCUCUUACUAUCUUUUUGGCUAUGCUUUCGCCUUUGGUUCUCCUAGCAAUGGCUUUAUUGGUCGCCAUUUCUUUGGCCUACAAGACUUCCCUUCUCCUUCGGCUGAUUAUAGUUUCUUUCUUUAUCAGUGGGCUUUCGCCAUAGCUGCUGCUGGUAUAACUAGUGGCUCCAUUGCUGAAAGAACCCAGUUCGUCGCCUACUUGAUUUAUUCUUCUUUCUUGACUGGCUUUGUCUACCCUAUUGUCUCGCAUUGGGUUUGGUCUGGUGAUGGCUGGGCCAGUGCUUCCAAAUCCGAUAACAAUCUUUUAUUCGGCUCGGGUGCCAUCGACUUUGCUGGAUCCGGUGUGGUUCAUAUGGUCGGUGGAAUUGCUGGUUUAUGGGGCGCUUUAAUUGAAGGCCCGCGUAUGGGCCGGUUCGAUCGCUCGGGUCGGUCUGUGGCUUUACGGGGUCAUAGUGCCUCCUUAGUCGUACUCGGUUCGUUUCUACUAUGGUUCGGCUGGUACGGGUUUAACCCGGGUUCAUUUUUGAUAAUCUUGAAGAGUUACGGUGACAGUGGAGGGUACUAUGGUCAAUGGAGCGCAGUAGGGAGGACAGCUGUCACAACAACACUGGCUGGGUGCACAGCUGCGCUUACAACCUUAUUCAGUAAAAGAUUAUUAGUGGGUCACUGGAAUGUACUCGAUGUAUGUAACGGUUUAUUGGGGGGUUUUGCUGCAAUCACCUCAGGUUGCGCCGUGGUAGAACCAUGGGCUGCAAUCAUAUGCGGAUUCGUUGCUUCAUGGGUUUUGAUUGGGUGCAACAAGCUCGCAGAGAAAUUCAAGUAUGAUGACCCACUUGAAGCAGCUCAAUUGCACGGUGGAUGUGGGGCGUGGGGCCUACUAUUUACAGGGUUAUUUGCUGCCAAGAACUAUGUCAAUGAGGUUUAUCCCAACAAGCCAGGGAGGCCCUACGGGGUGUUCAUGGGUGGUGGCGGCAAGCUUUUAGCGGCUCAGAUCAUUCAGAUCAUAGUGAUAGCAGGGUGGGUGACGGCCACAAUGGCCCCAUUGUUUUACGGGCUUAACAAGUUGCGGUUGUUGAGGAUCUCAAGCGCUGAUGAAACUGCAGGCAUGGAUUUAACCAGACACGGAGGAUUUGCUUACGCGUAUCAUGAUGAAGAUGAUCCUUCACUUAAACCUUCUAUUAUGAUGAGAAGGGUAGAGCCCACUGAUGAAAGUACACCAAAUCAUGAAGCAUCAACGGCCAUGAAUGUCUGAUAAAAUGUUUUCUAUCACUUUCUUAAGAAAAUAUCUUUGACUUUUUAAUUCUUUUUCCUGUUUUAUAGAGGAAUCACAUGUAUAAUAAUUUAGAGAGAAA